AUGAUAAUCAAACCAGGGAUUUCCGAGUUCGCCGCCUCUCCGGAUAAAGUCAGCGAUUACAUUUCCCCUCUGCUGAGCUUCGCCGCCGAGCACGUGCCCCGCUCCAAACACAAAGAGACCCCUCUGUACAUCCUGUGCACCGCAGGCAUGAGGAUCCUGCCCGAGAGCCAGCAGAAAGCCAUCCUGGAGGAUCUGCUCACCGACAUCCCCGUGCACUUCGAUUUCCUCUUCUCCGACUCCCACGCUGAGGUGAUUUCGGGCAAGCAGGAAGGUAGGAGGGCUUAAAAAAAUAUUUAGGAUUUUUUUUUAGGAAGACUGGAGCAUUUCCAAUCAGAUGACGAGGCAGUGGUGGAGGUGCCCAUCCCUGGCAGUGAGCACCGUGAUCCCGUUUUCCGCCGGAGAACCGUGGGGAUUUUGGACAUGGGUGGUGUUUCCACGCAGAUCGCCUACGAGGUCCCCAAAAGUGAGGAAGUGGCCAAAAACCUCCUGGCAGAAUUCAAUUUGGGCUGCGAUGCCCACCAGACCGAGCACGUUUACCGCGUCUACGUCGCCACUUUCCUGGGGUUCGGGGGCAACGCUGCCCGCCAGAGGUACCAGGAGAGCCUGGCAGCCAGCACCCUGCUCAGGAACAGAAUUCUCGGCACCCAGACGGGUCUGAGCCCCGAUUCCCCGUCGCUGGACCCGUGCCUGCCGCUGGACGCCCGCGAUCAGAUCGAGCAGCAGGGGCUGACGCUGCACCUUCGCGGCUCCGGCGAUUUCCAGCGGUGCCGGGAGCUGCUCCAGCCCUUCCUCAACAAAACCAACGAGACCCAGAGCUCCCUGAACGGCGUUUUCCAGCCCCCGCUGCGCUUCCAUGACAGCGAAUUUUAUGGAUUCUCCGAGUUCUAUUACUGCACCGAGGACGUGCUGCGCAUGGGCGGAGAUUACAACGCCGCCAAGUUCACCAAAGCUGCCAAGGAUUACUGUGCCACCAGGUGGGCGGUGCUGCGGGAACGCUUUGACCGCGGUCUCUACGCCUCCCACGCCGACCUGCACCGCCUCAAGUCAGUGUUUGCUGCUCCCGGGAGGGGGAAAAUCCGGGAAAAAUCCCAAAAUUCCCUGUUUGAAUGAGCUCUGAUGGGGCUGAGUGCUGAGCGGAGCUGAUCCCGUUCUGACUGAUUGAUCCCGUUCUGGCUGAUUGAUCCCACUGUCCCUGAUUGAUCCCAAUGUCUCUGAUUGAUCCCAUUCUCCCUGAUCCCAAUGUCCCUGACUGAUCCUACUCUCCCUGAUCCCGUUCUCCCUGAUUGAUCCCAAU